AUGGACGGCGCUGGAGAUGCGGCGGGGGAGGACAUGAAGGCUUGGUGCCGCGCCCACCCGAAGAUAGAGCUCCACGCUCACCUCAAUGGCUCCAUAAGGGAAUCCACACUCCUGUGGGCGGCCCUAGUCCUUGCGUUUCUCCUUCCUUGUUCUUCUUUAGUCAUCCAGUCUCUGCUCGGCGGGCGGCCUUGGGCUGUUGUCCAGUGUCGCCGGUGGUGUUGCUCGAGAGAGCAGAGCUCUAUCUUUUUGAACAUGAUAUUCCUGAGUGCUUUCUGUGUUUGUGUAUAUGCUUUUUGAACAUGAUAUUCCUGCCGUUUUACCCCAAGGAGCCGUGAACUGAUAGCCGAAGGAUUUGGGAUCCUGGGCGAGGAGUCAUUGGGAGUCGCCUCUUUGUCAUAUAACUAAUGUUUCUAUAUAGUUUCCGUGUAGAGACAAUCUAUCAUGGGUGCUGAUUUGGGGGGGAUUUUUUCUUUUUUUCGUAGGGCCCCAUUUACCAUUAUCCGUCGUUUCUUCCUUUUGUUCGAUAAAUUAUUUUCCUUCUAUUUGUAUCAUAUGUCCAAAAGUCAGCGGACCGUGUGUUGAUUUGUUUCCCCAAUCACAAAAAUGCUAAUAUCCAAAAUCUUUUUUGACAAAGGUAUCUGGCGAGUCAGGAGGUUAAAAAAGAAGACGUGGUUAUGGAUGCUAUAUCAAUAAUAAUACUCAUCUUUACUCAGAUUGUUUCAUGUGUGGACUAGGUUUUUUAGGUUGAUGACUCAGGAACGAUUGAAGUGGAUUUUCUGAAACCAUUAUUUACUUGUGAUAUUACUGUGGACAUUAAAUGAGAUGGACUCUAUGAGCACAGUGAAACAGAACAUGAAGAUGGCUUACUCAUGGCAAUAUUUGUUCUCCCAAUUAGGAAAUGUAACCUGGUGACUUGAGAUAGAAUCCAUAAAUCUGAAAUGGAGUGUGUUAAUAUAUCAGAGGACAAGCUUUCCUAGUCUAUUCCAGGUGUAUUGCUGAUUGUCGUGAUAAGAAUCCCAUAUUUGGAGACCAGUGUGAUUCGAAAGGGAGAAGCUGAUGAGGAGCUUACUAUGUAUGGAAACUGGCAAGCAUCAUUAACUAGUCUGAGGGUUUAGGCGUGGAGACUUGUGAAUCUUUUAUAUGAUAGAUGUUGAAACAAGAAAGGACUGAUUACUAUUGGCAUACAAGACGCUUGUGUUUUAUCUUUAUUACCUAAUUUUAAUAAUGGGAAAAAAUUUGUGAUAACGGAAUCAAUACCUAAAGUUAUCUCCUGGUCCUAGGAUCAGAAAAAAAUAGGCUCACUGUACCCUUCAGUGGGGGUCAAAACUUCAGUCGGAAACCCAAAUUGCUUCAAAAAGAUUUGAGUUCGUGUUUCAUCAUUGUGCUGUCAUAAAUGAAAUAAAAGAGGGGAAUAAAAAAUUAUUUUGAAUCAUGUUCAUUCAUUUAUCCUGUAUAUCGUCAUUUUUUUAGUGCUCAAUAUUUGUCUAUGUUCAAUCCUUUUCUGGAAAUUAUGAAUCACUUCCAAAACUAGGCACAACGGUAGAGAAGCUCUGGCAGUCUGUGUGCUCACUAAAAAUGCACCUCAUCACAUAAAUGGUAGGCAGUCUUGAUACAGUGGUUGAAGAAUCUAAUUAUUAAAGCUCUUCAUUUGGAGAAACUAUUGUCUGGGCUCAUCUUAAAUUCAUAGAUCUCACCUGGAUAUUACAGUAGUAUACUGGAAUUUUGGUUCCAGAAAAACUAUUGUCUGGCAAGAUUACUAUCUCAUCAGGAAUUUUGGUUCCAAAAAUGGACCUGACUACCAACCCAGGAGAUGGGUAGGACCUUAUGAUUGUUAGUCAGUUCUGAUGCAAUUUUCAUUUUUUGCCAGCACUAUGGCGUAUUAGUCAUCAGGAGACAGCGGGGAUAAUUUUAGCUUAAAUUGACAUAAUCCUUCAUAGAGCCAUUUAUCAUGGGUACAGAAAAAUAAAUUGGUAGAUGGUGGCAGAAUUUAAUGUAGUGUGUUUUUUUGUGUUCUCAUUCCAUAAUGGCGCAUUCCAGAAUCUCGCUUUCUCUUCACUUGAAUCUCGUAAUCAGAAUGGACCAAGUUAGAUUGAAAGAAUAAGGGGAUGCAAAUAUUUCUUCAUGUAUGUUCUACACCUUGUCAAUCCUUGAUAGUAAACUUCAUGUAUUUUCUUCAUGUCUGUGUAAUUUUUCUGUGGGAGUAAACUUGUCAGUCUUCAAUCAGCAGAUUCUAACUCAUUGAAUUCUCUGAUUUCUUAUUACAGAGAGCUAGCAAAAGAUUUAGGUGAAAAAGGCGUCAUUGUUUUUGAGGACGUAGAGCAUAUUAUCACAAAGAGUACGUCGUGUUUUCUUCUCAAAUAUAAUCAUUUUUAUCUUUUCUCAUGCAAUUCCUAACAUAGUUCUAUCGCAUAACUUAAUUUGUAAUCUGGAAGGUGACUAUUAAUUUUCCACUUCCUCACUUCUAGUCUAAACUCUCUGUCAUCUGAUAUUUCCUUCAGCUACUCCUCUUUGCAUUUUGUGUUUUAAAUCUCAUGUAUUUCUUAUGCAGACCUUCAAAUGUAAUAUCUUUCUUAAGCCAUCAUAAUCUCGUCUUCCUUAAAGAAGAGGGCAAUGGAAAGGAUAUGGCAUAGUGUAUUUUGAAUAUAUAUAAAUAUAAUUACACUUGAAUAUGUAUCUAUGGUUUGUUUUUCUUAAUCAUUUUAACGUUAUGGUUUCCAAAAAGACUCAAGUUUGCAUGAGUUUAUAAAUAAACAGGAUGUUAGACUUCCCACUUAGUCACCUGCGUGGAGAUUGUGCUAGUUGGCUGGCCUAUGGCUGCGUCAAUCCAAGUGAGGCUAGGUGCUUACAAAUUUGGCUACCUCUGUAUCAAAUCUAGGCAACUCUCAUGGAAUUCGUGCUUAUUGUUUUCUUCCUCAGACCUUUUGCGCUGGCUCUUUAGUUUUACUUUGUGGUCCAUGUCCUAUUCUUCCACUGAACGGAACCCCAAUAAUGAAUAGGGACCUUUCAAUAGUCGUGGCAUUCUUAAAACACUAAAAUGAUUUAUUGGUUUAACAUUGGUGUUUGACCCCGACUCUGUUGACCCGUUCUUUCUUGUUUGUAUGAACUUGAAUGCUCAUGGUUCUUGUUUUCUUGUAGGUAUUAUAGACUACAUUACUUUCAAAGUCUAAUCAUCAAUGUAGGUCCUUAUUUUAGAAUAUAAUGUGGAUGAAUACUCUGCAAGGAUUAAAAGCUGGCAACAAAUAGUUAUUCACUGCUCUCAGUUGUCAGUUUCUUUCAUAUUAAGAUAUUCUGCCUUGCUUAUAAGAUGAAAACGAAGUCAUACCAGAUUUCUUUGAAAAAUUUGGAGUGCGUGUAGGUUUUGUGACAUUAAGAUGCGAGCACUUCUUCAUCUCGUUAAAGAAUGUUAUAGGUCCUCAUUUUAUCCCAUCAUACCUUUUGUAGGUGGCCGCUCCCUGCCUGAAUGUUUCAUUCUCUUCGAUCUGUUCCAUGUAAUUGCAACAGACCACAAUUCAGUCACAAGGAUCACCAGAGAAGUAAGUAGAUGUUGAAGGGUUGAAUUAUCUAGUUUGGUCUGAAUGUAUUUCUUAGUUUUGGAAAGGUUGGGUUCAGCAUUUUUUUUUUCGUCUAAAGAUAGGUUGUUGAAGACUUUGCAGCUGAAAAUGUUGUUUAUCUGGAACUAAGAACAACUCCAAAGGUAUAAAACUUGUGCCAAAUCAAACAUUAUGUGAUGAAUUUUAUAUUCCUUUGGAAAAAGCUAAUAUUUCUCUCUUUGAAUUGUAUCUAGAAUAAUGAAUCCAAAGGGAUGACAAAACGUUCUUAUAUGAAAGCAGUUUUAGAUGGUUUGAGUGCUGUAGACACGGUUGAACUUGUUUCCUCCCCUUUUGGCAAGCAAUGUGACAACAGCGCGAAAUCUAGCAUGCCUUUCUGUAACAGAGGCUGUGGUGCACAAAGGAAAAGGAUAUGUGUUCGCCUUCUUCUUAGCAUUGACCGUCGAGAAACCACUGCUGCUGCAAUGGAAACGGUAUGUUUGGUGGAAUCCUUUCGGCAGGAACAUGUUCUAAACUCCCUUUUUACCAUUUACAGGUGAAUUUGGCACUGGAGCUGAGAGAUUCAGGAGUGGUUGGGAUAGAUCUUUCGGGUAAUCCACUCAUCGGGAAAUGGUAUGACUUAAUCGUGCUGAACAUUCAGUAAAAUAUAGGCUUUUUUCGAAAGUCCCUUUAUGAUAAACUAAACAUUAUCGUUAAAAUAACCCUCAUUUAGUUUUUUUCAAUUCAUUUUGAACUAAAUGAUUGAAUUCUUUACCAUAGUAACAUAGAACCAUGUUCUACCUGGGCUGUACUAGUUACAUUGUCCUCGUGGCACAGCGCAAUGGAGGGGGGGAGAAGUAACCCCAAAUUAGCAGGCAUGGGUGAACAGUUCCCCUUUCAAGGGACAAUUAAAUCCUUUAGUCAAAGAUAUUUUGGGCUGCUUCACUCAUCGUCGAGUUGUUUUGAGUGGGAUAGCAUGAUUCUAUACUGUAUACAAUGUGGGUAGUGUGUUCUUAUAAUUUAUACAUGUAUGUCACAGGCAAACCUUCUUGCCAGCACUGACGUAUGCCAGAGAGAAAGGUCUCCCAGUCACUAUUCACUGUGGAGAGGUGUGUCAACGCUUUCUAAUUGUUUUCCUUUUCUGCUUCUGUAGUCUUCAGACUCUCUCUCCCCCCCCCCCCUCUUAUGAUCUUUGAACUAUGCUUUAUUCGACGGUUUUAGGUGCCUAACAAGGAAGAAGUGAAUGCUAUACUUGACUUCUGUCCGGAUAGGAUAGGCCAUGCCUGUUUUCUUGAUGAGGAUGACUGGCAAAAGCUGAAAGCCUCAAAGAUUCCAGUAAUGAUCUCACACUUGCCUCUCCUGUUCAUGUCUUCGGCCUAAUUGACUAUUGGGCGAUUUCUCUUCUGCAGAUUGAGAUUUGCUUGACGUCUAACUGCAAAACGAACUGUGUUCCUUCCAUUAAGGAUCAUCAUUUUGGUAGGUCUCUGAUUCCUUGCGUUCGAUGAAGAGCUGAGAUAUUGGACUUUACUCAUUUCGGCACACCUAUGCCUAUUUUCUCGGUUGAUUCUCUUCUGGAAAACCCUGCAGUUGAUCUUUACAGCAUUGACCACCCAAUGAUCCUCUGCACCGAUGAUCCUGGUCUCUUCUCCACCAGUGUUUCCAAUGAGUACUACCUUGCUGCGUCCACUUUUGGUAGGCACACGCCGCAUUUGGAAACAUUGAAUCUAUUUUAAUACACCUCCCGUUGAAUUGAUCUUUUAUACUUUGUUUUUGCUCACUGACCUUGAAUCGAGAAGAACUCUCCAAGUCGGAGAUGCAUCACCUGGCCUUUAUCGCUGUCGACUCCAUUUUCGCUGAUGAUGGGGUCAAGCAUCUUCUGGAAGAGAUCUUUGAAAGCUAUGAAGAAUGA